UAUCCGGGAUUAGCUUUCACUUGAUGGCCAUUGUUUGGGGGGCGUUACCGGGGCGACGGGUAUUCUUGUUUUUCCCUCUGGGCUCCCCAAAGCAGGUGGGAUCUGAUACCGUUCCUAACGUGUCGUUCGUCCGUGGUCGGUACACAUCGUUUGGGCUGGAUUAAUCCAACAUGGGGAUGGCACAUUGCUUUUGUAACAACAAAGGGAGACAAGAAAAUUAGUUUAUGGUCAAAUUGGACCAAUUAGUUACAGGAGCAAGGGAGGGGAGAGACGCGAUCGUGAUCAGGUGAAAUUUGAACUCAGCUGUCUGUUUUGUGUGUACAGGUCGGAUUGAUGUCAGACCACAUUCACAGCGCUGAAACCAAGGCAAAGGACCAUGUCACGUAAAUCUAGGGCGAGCAAAGACUCCAGAAAGAGUCACUCCAGUCUAAAUGAGGAUGAAGAGGCGAUAGCUAACGAGAAGGAAGGUUCCCUGGCAUGGAAGGUGCUGCACAUUUCUCAAGUCAGGACCCUGCUGGAACUGAACGUAGACCAGGUGCAUCUAAAAAUGGCAGACUUGUUGAACUUGAAGGACCAUGCAGUAAACCUUCAGGAGGCAGCAGUGCUAGAUUACUAUGUCGCCGGUUUCUGGUGGGCGAAGGAACAGAGCUUCACACUACAGCAGAUCUCUGGCUUCAUCACAGCACUCAGUACUCUCCUGGAUAACAUAAGAGAAAAGCAGAUGUCACUUGUUGACAACCUUAAGGAGCUUAAGAAAAUGUUGGUUGGGAUCGGACAGGAGACCCCGGAAGUGACUGGAGGCCUGGACUUCUUCAACACAGACCAGGCCAAACUACUCACAGACUACAUCACAAAGAGCCUGUUCCAACACUACAAGUUGUACCAGUACAUGUUUACUUUGGAACAAGAUGAGAUGGUGAUCGGUACUGAGCUGUCCAUCGAGGUGGCCCCCCCUGCAGAUAUACCGUUCCCACCCCCCCUGGAUGAGGGGAUGAAGGAGGCAGUUUACCUGGAGCAUGUGGCACCCCCUCCACCACCACCAGAGAAGGAGGAGGAGAAGGAGGCCCCCUCAGGUGAGGAAGAAAAGGUGUUCACUGAUGAGGAGGUGGAAGAUAUCUUGGAAGGAGUCACUACAGAUGAACUCAAGGAGGUCAUCAGUUCUGUUGUGAACGAGAUGCUAGGCUCACUGUCAGCUGAUGUAGGAGCAAAAUUAAAGGAAAGAGAAGCACAGUACUUGGCAAAAAUUAGCAAGAUGCAAAAAAUCGCUGAGUAACUUGUAAAUAGAUUUGCAACAUAUGUACAUACUUUUUAAAAUGUUUAUACUCAGUAAAGUGGUCUUAUAUUGUUUAUGGCAAUUUGUGUAUAUUUGUAUGACAUGAUCAAUGUCUUGCAGUGAAUGUUAAUGAAUAUUUUUGUAUUCUAAACAAUUUUGAGAUUUUGAAUUCUUUUAAAAGCUAUUGUUUUAAAUAUUUCUUUACACACAUAGGUUGGUACUCUAUACAUUUCUGACUAUAUGCUGAACUUGUUCAAAAUUGAAAAUAGGCAUGCCUUUUUUAUCUCUCUCAUUUGAGCCUUGACCUAAAGUCGAAAAUGUUUCUUUUCAUUAGGUUUAACAGGUAAUCACAGAUGUACACGUUUUCCACUGUUAUUUUGCAUAUCUAAAGUUGUGGUCUGUGCACAGUAUUAGGUUCAAUAUUACCUAAAAUGUUUUGAUGUAUGAACACUUGUAUAACUUGACUGCACAACAAUAUUUUGUAAAUAUGACUUAUUUGCAAGCCAGAUGGUCAUCAGGUCAAAUAUAGUCCCCAAACCUAAUUACAGUACACAAAAAUACCCAUGUGUCCUACAUUCUAUGUUACCUGUCUAUUUUGGGAUACUGUUCCCUGAGUAGUUGAAAUGUUUAAGAUGCGUUAUAUAAUGUUA